GGACAAGACACUGCUGAGAUUUACUGCAUUCACCUACAGGGGUUCUCGGGAAGACGACAUACACCAAUCUGACAGAAAAGCACAGAUUUAUAGAAACACUUGUCAAACAUAGCAACAGGUUACAGAGAUGGAGAAUGAUAAGAAGAACAAGACUGUGGAUAUGCACAGCACAGACUGUGACCUGUCGGAACAGAUCAAAUCUGUUACCAAGGACAGCCAUGUGAGAGCUGAGAACACAGAACUCAUGUUAAGUUACCAGAGAGGACAGAUAUCCCUGCAACAGUAUCAGCUGCUCCUGUGUUCCCUGUAUGAGAUCUACAGAGCCCUGGAAGAGGAGCUGGACACAAACGCCUCUCACCCAGGCGUGGCACCGAUAUACUUCCCUCAGGAACUGGCCCGGCUGGAGUCACUGGAGAAAGAUCUGGAGUACUUUUAUGGACCGAACUGGAGGGAGAGGGUCAUCGUCCCAGCUGCUACUCACAGAUAUGCACAGAGACUGAGAAAGGUUGGCAAAGAAAAUCCCCAUUUCCUGGUGGCCCACGCUUACACCCGUUACCUGGGUGACCUGUCAGGGGGGCAGAUCCUGGGACGCAUUACCCAGAAGUCCCUGGGGCUGCGCAGUGGGGAGGGUCUGUCAUUCUUCUCGUUCCCCGGAGUGACCAGCCCCAACCUCUUCAAGCAGCUGUACAGGAGCAGAAUGAACAGCAUCGAGCUGAAUGAGGAGGAGAGGGAGGGAGUGCUGAAGGAGGCCGUCAUCGCCUUCGAGUGCAACAUCGAGGUUUUCGACGACCUGCAGAGAAUGUUGUUACGCAACGGUGUCACUGAGAAGGAGACUGACGUUCGCCACAGACAGGUGUCAGACAUCAAAAUCCGCCAAGCUAACGAGGUGGAGACAGAGAAGCACACACAGGCAGAAAAGGUCCAGAGCAAAGACAGUGACCUGUCAGAGCAGAUUAAAUCUGUUACCAAGGACAGCCACGUCAGAGCUGAGAACACAGAACUCAUGUUGAGCUACCAGAGAGGAAAUAUAUCCCUGCAACAAUAUAAGCUGCUCCUGUGUUCCCUGUAUGAGAUCUACAGAGCCCUGGAAGAGGAGCUGGACACAAACGCCUCUCACCCAGGCGUGGCACCGAUAUACUUCCCUCAGGAACUGGCCCGGCUGGAGUCACUGGAGAAAGAUCUGGAGUACUUUUAUGGACAGAACUGGAGGGAGAGGGUCAUCGUCCCAGCUGCUACUCACAGAUAUGCACAGAGACUGAGAAAGGUUGGCAAAGAAAAUCCCCAUUUCCUGGUGGCCCACGCUUACACCCGUUACCUGGGUGACCUGUCAGGUGGGCAGAUCCUGGGACGCAUUACCCAGAAGUCCCUGGGGCUGCGCAGUGGGGAGGGUCUGUCAUUCUUCUCGUUCCCCGGAGUGACCAGCCCCAACCUCUUCAAGCAGCUGUACAGGAGCAGAAUGAACAGCAUCGAGCUGAACGAGGAGGAGAGGGAGGGAGUGCUGAAGGAGGCCGUCAUCGCCUUUGAGUGCAACAUCGAGGUUUUUGAUGACAUACAGAGUAUUUUGAUUGUCACAGAGGACGCUAACACACAACACAGACAAGCAACACACAACGGCUACAUCUCUCACGGGGACGCUGCGCUGGCCAAGACACUGCCCGUCUCUCUGCUCUCUGCCUCACCUCUUCUGCGCCUCCUCCUGGGAGUGUGCGUUGCCUUGGCAACAGUCGGAGUGGGAAUGUACACAUUUUGAAAUGUUUUUUGGGAAUUGUCUGUCUACCAGUUAAAACGGUAUUAUGUGUAAAUGAUGAAAUGGUAAUGGAAACGUGGUACCCUGCGUUAUAUGCAAGGUCUAUAUUUUGAGGGGCAUUAAUGCUGUAUUCUUUGCAUAGGACACCCCUUAUUUAUUGGGAUUAUAAAGUUUUUACUGAUAACCCAGCAAGCACUUUUUUACAUGUAGCUCCACUACAUAAAUAACGGCAAUUUAAACUGUCAUUUUUGAACAAUGUGCAAUUCUCUUCUAUACUGUAUCUAUAUAUCCAUAAUAGGAAUCCAAUUUUGCCAAUUCAGUACACUGUAUGAAACAUUUUGUGUUUUAAUUAUUUUAUCUGGUUAAACAUGAAUGAGUUAUUUUGAUUCACACCUUUUAUUAAGGCCUGAAAUAAAAAUGCAAUGAAAGUAUUUUCAAAAUGUACAUAGGGAAGUAUAAUCUCAUCGAAUAUUAUGCAAUGUUAUUUUCUUUUCUGCUGAAUGUUGUGUUUGUUUGACUGGAUGCAGUGCAUGCAUUAACAAUUUCUAAUUAAAUAUUUUUUAUUGAAA